UUUCACACAUAGAUUUUUGGGACUACAUGUUCCCGCUGCCGAAAUGAAUGUGUGCAAGCCCAAGGAGGUGGGUCCGGAUGGACUUUUCGUGAGGAAGCGCUUCACUCGCCACCCGGUGGUGAUUUCGGCCAAGCGGUUUGCGGCCAUCCAAGGACGUUCUCGCCAGGACGAGAAGCACGCCCAGCUGGAGGCCGUCGAGGAGGAGCGUAGGUACAGGCAGUACCUGAAGGACGGCAACGAUCUGCUGUGCAGCCUGUUCACGGAUCCCAAUGUGCCGAGGGUCAAGAAGUCGGCCAGGGCCAAGAGCAAGGAGGCCAUGGCUGUGGUCAAGGACGUGGACACCAAGCUGGCCGACGAGCGUCUGCGCAAGCAGCGCAUCCUGAGGGCCAACAAUCUGCUGGAGCAACUGAAGCCGGGACCGAGGGCCCUGCACCAGGCCCUCCUCCACAGCGAGAUGAUCCACCAGAGGCGGUACAAUGAGGCGCUUAACGAGGAGAUUGCCGAGGCGGCCCGAGCCCAGGAGCAGGCCGACGAGGAGCUGUGUCCUGCGGCUCUGGUGCCCUUCGGCCAUGCCACCGAGGAGGAGGAGGUGGCCAGGCAGACGGAGCGGAACCAGGAGCACGCCAAGCUGAUGCGCGAGGACAUCGCGCAGCGCGAGAAGAUCAGGGAGGCCGAGCGGGAGCAGCGGAUCUUCGAGGUGCAGGUGGAGCGGGCGCAGUACAAGUGCCUGCAGGACAAGGAGGAGCGGGCGCUCAAGGAGAAGAAGGCCAGGAAGAUCGCCUUCUACCGCAAGGCCCAUCGGGAUGCCAUCCAGGAGAAGGCCGAGAUUGCGGAGCAUGAGAGGAUCUGCGAGGCCAUCGACGACCGGCGCAACUGCGUCUACAUCGUGGCCAGCCGCAACCUGGACACCCGCUACGGCAGCCACGUGAAGCAGCUGCGCCAGAAGCGCCAGCUGGAGCGGGAGGAGCAGGCGCUGCGCGUCAGCCAGGCGCAGCAGGUGCUGCAGAGGAAGCUGGAGGAGCGGCAGGAGCAGGCGGAGGACCGGCACGCCUUCGAGACGCAGGUGGACCAGAACCGGCGGCAGUGCGAGCUGGAGGUCCUGGCCAAGCAGCGGCGGGCCUAUCAGCUGGAGGAGCGGCAGCAGGAUGCCGAGAAGCGGCGGCGGGAGAGGGAACUGCAACGCUUCCAUGUGGCGCGUCGUCUCAAGAACGCGGAGGCGAAUCGCUACUUCGAGGCCUCGCAGAAGAGGAAGCGCGACAAGGUCAAGGAGGAUCUGCGCCAGGUGCUCUUUGGCCAACGCGAGGAGUUCCUCGAGAAGCGCCGCGCCGAGCUGAUGAACCUGGCCGCCUGCAACGAGGAUCCCUACCUGGAGGACGACAAGAAGUUCUUCGAGCAGGCGGUGCAGAUCAUGGAGGAGUCCCGCAAGGUGGGUCGUCCUCUGUAUCCCAUUGCCACCGCCGUGGAUCGCUACGAGCGGCAGAACCAGCUGGACAUGCGACCCGAGGGCAGGAUGGUGAAGAGGAGCCGCCUGCGCGACUACUGCUGGCCGGGAUUCUUCUCCAAGGCGGAGCUGGCCUACCGCAAGUACGAGCAGCGGGAGAUGUGCCGCGAGGAGCAGGUGGCCGAUCGCCAUCAGAUCUACUGCAACUCGGUGAAGAUCAAGAAGCUGGCGGAGGUGGAGAAGCCCUACUCGCCCUGUGUGGCCUCCUGUCCCAUCAAUUGCUUCCAUCGUCGGGGAAUGCCCGCUACGGAUAGCCGGGAAUCCUUCGACUAUGCCCGUCAUGUUUGCUACACGGAUCCACCAACAGUGGGUGCCUGUCCCAUUCCCAUGCAGGUUAUACACAAUGAUCCGUUGGAUAACCAAAGGAAGAUCAGCCAGCAGUCCAUGAAACUGCCCCCCAUGCCAAAGGAUUUAGUGGAAGCCAAGGAACCUCCCUCCUUUCGCAAGGCUGUGAGGGAUGUUAUGAAUAUGAAUACCUUUAAUCAAACGGAAGUGGCCACUCCCACUGUCAAGGAGUCCAGAACCAGCCUCAAAGGACCUCCUACACCUGUUAAAUCAGCCAAGAACACUCCACCCGAAGCCAAAACCCCCGAGCUACCCAAAUCCCAGCCUCCUGUGAGGCCCAGAAUGAAACGGGGUUCCAAGGUGGUGAAACCACCACCCACUGGUAAUGAUACCCCAGCACCUGUGCCCAAUCCCACUGGAACCUGGGGAUCCGGGUCCCUGCAGCCGGCGGCCAAGAAGAAAUCCAAGUAACUUUGAUUUGAUUUUAACUAAAUUUACGUUUCAAGAGCUUAUUGUUAAAGAUAAAUACAUAGA